UCUCUGGCUUCUCCCCGGUUCCCCUCUCUAAACCCCUCCGAACCCCAACCCCUUCCUCUUUUUCUCUUUCUCCCCUCUCGCUGGAGCGAUGAGCAGCUGGCGGACGCUUCUGCUGCGGAUCGGCGACAGGUGCCCGGAGUACGGCGGCACCACCGACCUCAAAGAACACAUCGAAACAUGCUAUAGUGUAAUAUGGCGAGAAUUUGAACAUUCUAAAGAUGGCAUCUUUGAGCUCCUUCUUCAAUGUGCUGAACAGCUACCACACAAAAUUCCUUUGUAUGGAGUACUGGUUGGUCUGAUAAACUUAGAAAAUGAGGACUUUGCUAAGAUGGUGGUAGAUACCACACAUUCUAGCUUACAGGAUGCAUUAUAUUCGGAAAAUUGUAACAGGAUUCGUCUUUUGUUGCGGUUUCUCACAGGACUGAUGUGCAGCAAAGUUAUCUUGCCUGGUUCAAUUAUUGAGGCCUUUGAGACACUGUUGUCAUCUGCUGCAACAACGGUGGAUGAGGAGGCUGGAAAUCCUUCUUGGCAACCACGUGCUGACUUUUACAUCACUUGUAUUUUGUCCUGUCUUCCGUGGGGAGGUGCAGAACUCAUUGAGCAAGUUCCAGACGAGUUUGAGAGAGUCAUGGUUGGUGUACAAUCUUAUAUAAGCAUCAGAAGGCGCACUCAAGACAUUGGUUUCACAGUUUUUGAUUCUGAUGAGGACAAAUUUCUUGAGGAAAAGGAUUUUCUAGAAGAUUUAUGGGAUUGUAUACAAGUUCUUUCGAACAAUGGAUGGAAAAUUGAUAGUGUUCCAAGACCUCACUUGUCUUUCGAAGCACAGUUAGUAGCUGGAAAAUCUCACAGACUUUCUUCUAUCAGUUGCCCUGAGCAACCUGAACCAUCAGAUUUACAUUGUACAGUCUCUAGAGGGAAAGAAAAACAUAAAGCCCAGUUGAAGUAUCCUCAGAGGCUUCGCAGGCUUAACAUAUUUUCUUCAGAUAAAACUGAGAACAUGCAACCAAUUGAUCGUUUUGUUGUUGAAGAAUAUCUGCUGGAUGUGCUUCUUUUCUUUAAUGGAUGCCGAAAGGAAUGUGCUUCGUGCAUGGUUGGUCUGCCUGUACCUUUCCGCUAUGAAUAUCUGAUGGCAGAGACGAUAUUUUCUCAGCUACUAUUGCUGCCGCAGCCACCAUUUAAGCCACUAUACUAUACACUGGUUAUCAUCGACCUUUGCAAGGCACUUCCAGGGGCAUUCCCAGCUGUUGUAGCAGGAGCUGUACGUGCGCUCUUUGAGAGAAUUGCUGAUUUGGACAUGGAGUGCCGCAUUAGGCUCAUUUUAUGGUUUUCUCAUCACUUAUCAAAUUUUCAGUACAUUUGGCCAUGGGAAGAAUGGGUGCAUGUUAAAGAUCUUCCAAAAUGGGCCCCAGAACGGGUUUUUGUUCAAGAAGUAUUAGAAAGGGAAGUUCGUUUAUCAUACUGGGACAAAGUCAAGCAGAGUAUUGAAAAUGCCCCUGCUUUAGAGGAAUUACUUCCCCCAAGGGGUGAGCCUAACUUCAAGUACAGUACUGAAGAUAGUCGCGAAGGCAUGGAUGGCUACACACUUUCUAAGGAGUUUAACAGUAUGGUUAGGGCAAGGAAGACUGCCCGUGAGAUUACUUCAUGGGUAGAGGAGAAUAUAAUUCCAGUGCAUGGCUUUAAUGUUGCACUUGAAGUCGUUAUUCAGACUCUUCUUGAUAUUGGUUCAAAAAGUUUCACUCAUUUAAUCACAGUUUUGGAGAGAUAUGGUCAGGUCAUAGCUAAGUUAUGUCCUGAUCAGGAUAAGCAAUUUUUGCUAAUGGACGAAAUUAGUUCCUACUGGAAGAACAAUACUCAGAUGACUGCUAUCGCUAUCGACAGAAUGAUGAGUUACCGACUCAUAUCCAAUUUGUCAAUUGUUAGAUGGGUUUUUUCUCUUUCUAAUAUCAACCAAUUCCAUAUUUCAGAUCGUCCAUGGGAGAUUCUUAGGAAUGCCGUUGACAAGACGUACAAUCGCAUUACGGAUCUUAGGAAGGAAAUCCAAUCACUCGAGGGGAGUGUUCUAUUAGCUGAGGAAGCCACAAGAAAGGCUAUAAAAGAGUACGAAGCUGCUGAAUCAAAGCUCGAGGUUGUGGAUGGUCAACCUGUACAGUCUGAAAAACCAGGAAGGUUAAAACGACUUAAAGGAUAUGCUGAGAAAGCAAGAGAUAAUGAGACAUCUGUACGAGAAUCUUUAGAAGCUAAGGAGGCUCUCCUUGCUCGAGCCAUUGAAGAAAAUAAAGCCUUAUUUUUAUCAUUAUAUAAGAGCUUCAGAGAUGUGCUUAUGGAACGGCUGCCUCCUGUGUCGGCUGAUGGAAAAUUUCCCAAACUGAGGACUACCAAUGUUGAUUCGAUGGCUGUCGACUCUGAGGAGCCAGCAACUAUGGAGGUGGACCAUGACAAUGGAAGAACUGAUACCAGUCAAUCAAACGGUGAAAAAGUAUUUCCUCGCUAUUCCACUGGGGAGCAGGAGCAGUGGUGCCUUUGCAUGUUGGGUUACGUCAAGGCAUUUUCGAGGCAAUAUGCAACUGAGAUCUGGCCUCAUAUUGAAACACUGGACUCUGCAGUCUUUACUAGAGACGUCCAUCCACUUUUUCGCAAAGCUGCUUAUGCAGGUUUAUGCCGGUCAACCACUGAACUGUGACAUUUAUUUUUCAACUCAUUUGCUGAACCAUUGUGGCAUGUUCAUAGUUUUUAACAUUUGUAUUCAAUAUGAAGUCUCUUGCCCCAGUUAUCAAAGUUGUGUUUUGCAGUGCCCCUUUUUGUUUUAUCAAAAAUAAAAAAGUAAAAGAAAGUCGGCAUUGGGAAAUAUGCAUCUAUAUGCUUGUGCAGGUAAUAGUUCCUGUAUGACAUCUUUGUAGCAUCUUGGAGAUAAAUUAAGGUCUGAAUCAGAGAUUUAUUGAUGACCUGUGGAUUAAUGAAACAGCUGAAAUAUUGAAGGUUGAUAAACCAACCAAUAUCUGUACCUUCAGAUUUAUCAA